UUUUGGUGAGUGCCUUUUUCUCUCAAAUUUCCAACAUAGGAUCUUUUGGUCUAAAAUCAUGUCUAAAUUAAGAAAACAAAACUGAAAACCAAAGCCAGAUCAUUCAUUCUUCCAUCACUUGUAUUCCUCUUUCUCUCCUUCUCUGGUAACCAAGCCAUGCAUACCAGAAAACUGAACAAAACACAAUAAGGAUUCAAUCUCUCUCCCUUUCUGAGAGGGAGAGAUUAUCUUCCAUUUUCUCUGUUAUCUUUAGGCCUCUUGAAUUCGGUUCCUCUCCCUCUCUCUCUGUUUGGUUGGAGUGUUGGGAGGGAGAGGGAGGGAGGGAGAGAAAGGGGAGAGAGAGAAUUGUCUGCUGGCGUUGUACAAAGAGGGACAGGGGAUAAGGGAAAGGGGAAAAAAGAAACUGUGAAAAGGCCAACCCCAUUUGAGUUGCAAUGCAUUUCUCAAUCAGAAUUCCUCAGUGUAAGGUAUGGAUCUCCCUUGUGUAUUCAAUGUUGUUGUUCUCUCUGUCCCUCUCCGAUCCUCGAAUCUCCCAAGCAGGCCUACUUUGUGGAGACACAAAGUCGGCCCCAUCUAUCUACAUCCCAAAUUUCAUUCAAGUCAUGGAAGCUAUCGCCAAAAGUAUGGUGCAACAAGGCUGGGGAUAUGCCAACAUCACAAAAAGUCCUGUGAUUUUCGGGUUAUCCCAAUGUUACAGUGAUCUCUCAGAGGAUGAUUGCCUCUCCUGCUUUGCUGAGAGCCGCACUAAGCUCCCCAGAUGCCUUCCUGCCAUUGCAGCUCGAAUAUAUCUUGAUGGUUGCUUCCUUCGCUAUGACAAUUACAGCUUCUUCAACGAGAGCAUUGACCCGAAUCAUGAUAUGGUUAGGUGCAGUGAGCCAAGUGGCGCUCUCAAGGAUAAUUACACGAGAUCGGAGUUCUCGAAGAAAGUUGAUGAAGUGAUCGAUAAUGUAACUAAAACAGCUGUGCAGAAGCAGGGUUUUGCGGUGGCAGGGAUGAAAGGAGGAGCGGUUGUGGCCUAUGCAUUGGCACAGUGUUGGAAGACAGUUGAUCAGAAGGGGUGUAGAGAUUGCUUGGUGAAUGCUGAGUCUGCAGUGAGAAGGUGUCUGCCUGGUUCCGAGGGGAGGGCUCUGAAUGCUGGCUGUUAUUUGAGGUAUUCUACGGAGAAAUUUUACAAUGACGGCACAGCAAAAAAGAGUGGUAAAGGAUUGUCUGACACUGGGAUGAUCAUCGCAUUCAUUUUAUCAGUGCUCGCGGUUUGCUUGCUCGCUUUCCUUGGUGCUUUUGUUGGCUACAUACUCUUAUCAAAGAGAAAAAGAAACAACAAUAAUGCUCUUGCUCGGAUUCCAACAUGUAUAAACAGGUCUGACCUGAAUUUCAAGUAUGAAACACUUGAGAGGGCAACUAAUUUUUUUGAUUCCUCAAGGAAGUUAGGCCAAGGGGGAGCAGGAUCUGUAUUCAAGGGGACUCUCCCUGAUGGGAGAACUGUUGCUGUGAAGAGAUUGUUCUUCAAUACGCGUCAAUGGGUGGAUGAGUUCUUCAAUGAAGUGAACUUGAUCAGCAGAAUUCAACACAAGAACCUUGUGGGACUUCUGGGUUGCAGUAUAGAAGGUCCAGAGAGCCUUCUAGUUUAUGAAUAUGUACCCAACAAGAGUGUUGAUCAAAUCCUUUUUGGUAAAGAUGGCACCCAAGGUCUAAGCUGGCAGCAGCGGUUUGAGAUCAUUGUCGGAACAGCUGAGGGGCUUGCGUACCUUCAUGGAGGUUCCGAAGUGAAGAUUAUUCACAGAGACAUAAAAGGCAGCAACAUACUUCUUGAUGAGAAUCUUAAUCCAAAGAUUGCUGAUUUUGGACUUGCAAGAUGUGUUGCUCCUGAUAAAUCUCAUGUUAGCACUGGAAUUGCUGGGACACUGGGGUAUAUGGCACCUGAAUAUCUUGUUCGUGGGCAGUUAUCAGAGAAAGCAGACGUUUAUGCCUAUGGUGUGCUGAUUCUUGAGAUUGUAUGUGGUAGGAAGAACUGUAUUUUUGUGCAGGGGUCAGACUCAGUUCUGCAAACAGUUUGGAAGCAUUAUAAAUCAAAUAGCGUUACCCGAUCUGUGGAUCCCUCCUUGAAAGGUGAUUUUCCACUGAAUGAGGCAAGAAAUGUGGUUCAGAUUGGGCUGCUGUGCACACAAGCUUCCUUUGCAUUAAGGCCAUCCAUGUCCCAAGUAGUUCAGAUGCUAACCGAUCAAAACAGUGUGAUUCCUGAACCUAUGCAGCCUCCAUUCCUGAAUGCCAGUGUUCUAGACCCGAGCAAUUCCCUCAAAAAUUCUAUUACCAGAAACUUGACUCCAUCUUUUCACACAGCAGCUGAGCCACCAUCCACUCAUUCAAGCAAUUCCUCUGCUAUGGCUAGCCAGGAAUCAUACACUUCUUCAAAUUCCUCUGCUAUGGCUAGCCAGGAAUCAUACACUCCUUCAGCAAUUGAUGUAUCAGGACCAAGGUAGAUUUUAGUCUAUAGAGGAUCAGAAACACAUGUUAGCAGGGUCAAGGGACUGGUUUUGACAGCCAUGGAAAUGGACUUCUAAGAAUCCAUUCAAUGUGGCUGUGUUUAUUACUCCAACAGUUGAUUAAGUUGCAGAGACGCAGGAUAGGGAAUCAAGCUAAUGAGAUGUUGGGGAUUUAUUGCACAUAACAUCAACAAUACAAAAAAGGUUGUUCUUGUGUAGAUAAGGCUUGAGGGUAUUGCAUAAGAAUUUUGGUUCUUUUGUUGUAUCUUACUUUUUCAUUUCUAAGUAGAGGGGGAAAUUCAUAUUUCAGCUUUUAGAUUUUUAUCAUCAUCUUGUUACACUACUUUUCCUGUCAGUUAGUUUGUUUUGUUGUUUUAGACAUGAAUGUAUAUCUCUUCCUUUUUGCCA